AUGAAGCUCUUGUUUGUUCUUUCACUGUUUAGUGUGGCGGUGUUUGCCGCAUGGUCGUCCGAAGACCUGGAGAUUUUCAAGCUCCAGAACGAAUUGGUGGAGGACUCGAGGAAACAAACCGAUUUCUACGAGUAUCUGGGCGUGGAGAACGGGCCCAAGGCGUCCUACGACGAGAUCAACAAGGCCUACAAACGGAUGAGCCGCAAGUUGCACCCAGAUAAGGUGCGCAGAAAGGACGGAGUGUCGGAAAAGAAGUUUAAACGAAUCAAAAGGAAGGCCGAAGAACGGUUCCAAAGACUGUCGUUGAUUGGGUCCAUUCUUCGAGGAGACCGCCGAGAACGGUACGAUUACUAUCUUAAACGCGGGUUCCCGGCCUAUACGGGCACAAACUACGUGUUUAGCAAGUUCCGGCCGGGCGUUGUGGCCUCCGUGGGCGUUGUUGUUGUGUUGUUCUCGAUUGUUCACUAUCUGAUGCUCAAGAUGAACGCACAGCAGCAGCGUCGCAGAGUCGAGAAACUGAUCGAGGACUUGAAGCGCAAAGCGUUUGGUCCGUCGAUGCUGCCUGUUGGCGACUUCAGCGACCGCAGAGUGUUUCAUCUGGACAAACUGUUUGUGGUGAAGAUCGACGGAACCGUUUGGCUUGUUGACCGCGAACUAAUAGAAGGCGAGGACUUUGACGUCGACGACGACGGUCGCCAGGUGUUCCGCCACGAACAGGCUCCAAGAAACCGCAAAGAACGUCGCACCAGAAAGGAGAAAGACGAGGUGCUGCUGCCAGUCACUCCAGACGAAAUUCAAGAAAUCACAUGGAAAGAUACACUCGUUGCGAGACUGUGCCGGUGGCUCUUUACUAAAACACAAAAACAGGACAUUCCGCAAGAAGAUCAAGGAACGCUUAAACGGCUGCCAAACGGCAAGUUCAAAAAAGUCAAGCCGGCUGCUACUAAAAAAGCUUAA